UGUGUCUAACAGGAAGUAUUUUUACCUGUGACUCUUGUUCAUUGCUGAGUCAGAAACGAGGAGGACCCAGAUCCCGGAGCGGUGACACCAGGCAGGGGGAGGACCCGAGCUGGAGCCAGGGCUUUAAUUAAUUUACCUUCAUUGAUAGCUCCGAGCCUGCAGGACCAUGCCGCUGGGACUGAGAGGGAGAAAGAAAAAUAAAACCAAGGAGGCUUCCUCCAAGCUGGUGGAGAGCGAUGAGAUAGGAGCUGGGGGCAUCCGGGAAGCCAAAGAUGCCAGCAGUGCCAACGGUACGGCCGGUCUGCCCCCUCCCCCGGUCAGUCUGCGCCCCAAACUGGUCUUCCACACACAGCUGGCACAUGGCAGCCCCACUGGCAGGAUAGAGGGCUUCACUAAUGUCAAGGAACUCUACUCCAAGAUCGCAGACGCCUUUCAAAUCAGCCCAGAGGAGAUCCUGUUUUGUACGCUGAACACACAUAAAAUUGAUAUGGACAAACUCCUUGGCGGACAGAUUGGCCUGGAAGAUUUCAUUUUUGCCCAUAUUAAAGGAACAAAGAAAGAAGUCGAGGUUAUGAAAUCAGAAGACGCUUUAGGGCUCACUAUUACGGACAAUGGAGCUGGCGUGGCUUUUAUAAAGCGAAUUAAAGAAGACAGCACUAUUGACAAAGUUAAAGUAAUUAACGUUGGCGAUCACAUAGAAUCAAUCAAUGGGAAGUCUAUUGUAGGAUCGCGUCAUUUUGAAGUCGCCAAGAUGCUGAAGGAAUUGGAAAGGGGAAAACCAUUCACCUUAAAGUUAAUAGAACCUUUAAAAGCAUUUGAAAUGAUUGAGCCGAGAACAAAGGGAGGGAAGACAACUGAAGGUAAAAUUUCUACUGGAAGAGAAACUCUGCGAUUACGUUCAAAAGGCCCCGCCACUGUGGAAGAAAUGCCUACUGCAUUCGAGGAAAAAGCAAUAAAGAAAGUAGAUGACCUUCUCGAGACCUAUAUGGGUAUAAGAGACAUUGAACUUGCUGCAACAAUGGUCGAAGCUGGACGAGACAAAAACAACCCUGAUGAGUUUGCUGUGGCCCUCGAUGAAGCUCUUGGGGAUUUUGCUUUCCCAGAUGAGUUUGUGUUUGAUGUCUGGGGUGCCAUAGGAGACGCAAAACAGGGUCGCUUGUAAUCCAAAAAGUCCUGACAUGUUUAAUUAUUCCUUUAAUUACUGCUGAACAACUGACUUAUUUUCAUUUUAUAAUAUCAACCCGUUGGUAUUAGUUACCAACAAUCCUAAACUCUUUAAAAUGAACCAAGCACUAUAUAUUUGUAUAUAUUUAUAAACACAUCAACUUGCACUCGAGAAUGAAUUUUGGUUUUCUUUCACAAUAAUUUAAUAUUUGUAUCACAAACACAAUGAUUGAUCUGUAGCUGGUGACAAAGGUGUAUUUUGCAGUUUACAAUGUUUUUAUUUUUCGUACCCUAAGGCUGACCAUCAGCUGGUGGCAUGACGGCCAUAUUGGCCCACAAAGGAUUUUGAAUGUUCCUUACAUCUUUCAGAAGAACUCUUCUAUUGCAUUAAAUCAAUAAUCUUUUAUGGUCCAAUCUGUUUCCAUGAUUGAAUCCCCCCAAAAGGAACUUCCAUAUUGCUCUAUUGUUUAGUAGACAAGCGUACCCAACCUACGCACUUAAUUGCACCUAAGUGCUGUUUCACCAACUAUAAAAAAAAUACUUCCUUUUUUAAAACUAUAUAUAGUUUAAGGAACAUCUUCCUUAUUACCUUUGAUUAUCACGCGCUUAUAUUCUGCGUAAACCACAGUAAGUCUCUAAUCAAAUGAAACCCUCUCUUGAUUUAAAAAUAAUUGGGAUAUUGUUGAUAGGGAGGGGUGAUGAUCAGGGAAUCCAGACUUAUUUAUAAGAAGGGGAAAUGUAUAAGCUGCGAUUUCUAUUUGCUAGCAAUUCAAUAUUUGCAAGGCUUUAGCUCCAGUAGAAGUCAUUUCCCAGGCUUGUGAGGAUCAAUUCUUCAGCUACACAAUGAAUAUUCUUCAAAUUAUUCAUUGGUCAUCAUUACCCCUUACACAUUUCAAACCUACAGCCCACAAACCUCUAACAUCCUUACUUUAUUACAGGCAAUGCCCAUAUUACAGUAAAUCUGCUGUACAUUUGUUUAAAUAUUUGUUCUUCCUUGAUCUGUACUGCUAUUCCAUUGGAAUAACAGUGACGACAAGACGUAUGGAGUCCAUGGACAUCUGUGACACGCUGUUUAUUUCUCCCAAGUGACGUAGUGGGUACAAAAUAGGAUGACAAAGUAAUCUGUAGAUACAUUUAACAUUUCACCACACUCAGGAGAAAUAUCUGCUAAUUAUGAGUUGAAUUGAAUGUUGUACUUUUAAUAAAAUGUUAUUUGAAAUAUA